CUGGCAGUUCACGUUUCAUUACCCUUGGGGAUUUAUGUGUUUGUUUUUUUUUUCUUUGAAAGGAUUUAUAAUUGCAUAGUGAUAUAUAAAGUCGGCUUAACCAACAAGUUACUUUUCUUUUUCCUUUGUUUCUGAUAUUGCUGUUCCUGGAUACCAUUGCGUCAUGGGAGGACUCAAAGAGGAUCUGGCAUACGACCCUCCAUGCCAUCCACGGGCGUGCGCAAUUCAAAGCUGUUUAACGAAGAACUCAUACCAGGAGGAAAAGUGCCAAUCUCAGAUAAAUGCCCUGUAUGAAUGCUGUAACGCCUUCUACCAAGCUCAAGGGGAGGAUGCGAAGACACCGAGUUGCCCCAAGCCCAGUCUGCUCAAGCUGAGGAUGAAACAACGCGGUCAAAACUGAGAAAGUUUUUGCUCUUUUCCCUUGCAUGGAUGCUUCUUGUCCAUGGUAACAAGACCUGUACAUAUUACUGUCCAUAUAUGAACUACGAGCUGCUAAGCCUGGGCCAAACAUAAAGUACCCCAGAGAGGAAUAGAAAUAAAGUUGUACGAAGCGAUGUGACAAUCCCUUUGCAAUCUCAGCCCUCAUGCGUCAGGAGGUUCUAGACUAGUUAUAAGAAUUGCCAUAAUUCCUCUAAGACAAUCUUGAGCACGCAAAGAGGCCGAUUGACCUGAACGAAGAUUGAAGCGCUCGUUCC